GUAAGGGCUUGUGAUCAAGAAUGAUCAGGAUCCAGUCAAAUCCAGGUUUUACAUUUUCCCCUCUUAAGAGAGUAAGGCUUCGACAUUUCCUGCCUGGGAAGUGGUGCAGUUUAUCUUUAAGGAGGAUAGAGAAAUAAGAAAUGAGUCUCACGUUGCAUGGGUGACAUCACUGGCUUUUGGCUCAGCGCUCUGUAUGCUCGGUCUGUAGGUUUCGGCCAAGGCUGCAGGGCUCGGUGUUUGAACAAGGAAAGAUUCCCAGGUGUACAGAAGAUUGGAUUUGCUAUUAUUUGGGUUAAAAACGGUGAAAUGAGAUUUCUAAAGCUUGGGGACUCCAGCUCGCCUUCUGUUGCACUUGAUCUCUACAAGAUGGAUGGCUAACGUGCCGCCGUGUUAGGAAAACUGUGCACAACACAUCCCAGCGCCGGGGACGGAGGAAGCUUUUCAGCUGCCGGCGGAAGGGGGGGCAGCAGCGUGUGUGUGUGUGUGCGUGGAAGAAGGAUGCCGGGGCCGAGGGCAGCCCCCCGCGCUGCCUAGCGGGCGGUGCGCGGCCGGCGGCGGCUCCUGCCGGGCUGCGGCUGCUCCGCCGCCUCUGCCCGGCCCGGAGCCGGGGGCUGCCGGAGCGCUGCCCGGGGCGCCGGGGAAGGAAGGCAGCGCGACGUUCGGCUGCCUGGAUGACGGAGCCUACGACAAAAGCGGGAGAGUGAAUGGCAAGGCUGGCAGAGAGAAGCCGAGGUGUCUCCGAAGCCAAGAUGCCAGUGGCUGUCAGCGAAGUCUGCUGAGGGAGAGACCCGUGCGUGCCCGCGUUCCCAGAGCCAGCCGGGGAGGGGAUGUUUUAACCACGAUUUCAAGCAGCAGCAGCAGCAGCAGCGGCAGCAGCAACAACAACAACAACAGAUUGCUCCCCCCCUCUCGCUCCCUCCCUUUCGACCCCGCUUUAAACCCAAGCAAGUGACCGACCGUCCAGACGAUGAUGCUCUUGCUGAGCCACUGACAAAGAAAAAGCAAGUCACCCAUUCCUGACAUCGGGACAACUGGCCGCUUGCAAGUGGGAGAUGUCAGGCUGUUGAACUUUUCUGUCCUGUGAUGAUGCUGUAGUGAGCUUGCUGAUCUGAAAGCCAUCUCUUCUGAAUUUCUGAGUGGGCCAGAUUGAAAGAGAUUAAUGGACUGAUCGGCCAUCAGGUCUCUUCAGGGGGAUUCAUCCCUUCAGCCCCUGUCACUUGGUGCUUGCGGUGAGGGGGUCACUGGUGAAAGGCUGUGUUUCUCCUCACCAGGUCUCCUCUGCAGAGGAGAAGAGGCAGAUGAGACUCCAAGACUGCCUCCAGGGCAGAACUUUGUAGUGCUCUCAGCAUCUCUCUGCAGCUUGGAUGUGAGCCAUGAGAGUUGGGGAUGUUUGAGGCAGUCUGUGCCAAGUGACACCUAGCAGCUGCUCCGGUGGUUUUUGCGUGGUCUCACCCCCAACGGCUUUGCCUGUUGUGAAGAUGUCCAUGGUGUUUCUGUGAAGCUGAGGCAUGGCUGCUGGAAGGUUACUGCUCUAUGCUGGCCUCUCUUUAGCUCUGUGUGCCCUUGGCAUGCUGGCUGUGGCAAUCUGCUCUGACCAUUGGUACGAAACUGAUGCCAGGAAGCACAGAGAGAGGUGCAAGAGCAUCACCACUAAGAGAAAUGAUCCUGGCUUCAUUUAUAACUCCAACAACAACCUGCCUCUCAGGGCCAGCAGGUCUAUGUUGGACCGCUGGGAAGGGAAACUCCUCUUGGCAAGAAACAGGAGGCAGAUCUUUGCUAUGAGUGCAGUCGACGAGUGCAACAGACAGUACAACUCCACCAAUAUGGGGCUCUGGAGGAAAUGCCACCGACAAGGAUUCGACCAGGAGCUGGAGGAGCUGAUUGCCAAAGGAGCAAUUGAGCGGUGCUCGUACAUCAAGUACCACUACUCCUCAGCCACCAUCCCCAAGAACCUUACGUACAACAUCACCAAGACAAUCCGCCAGGAUGAGUGGCACGCCUUGCAUCUGCGCAGGAUGACAGCUGGCUUCAUGGGCAUGGCUGUGGCCAUCAUCCUCUUUGGAUGGAUUAUCGGCGUUCUGGGGUGCUGUUGGGAUCGAGGCCUUAUGCAGUAUGUGGCAGGGCUUCUCUUCCUCAUGGGAGGAACCUUCUGCAUCAUUUCACUGUGCACGUGCGUGGCUGGAAUCAACUUUGAGCUCUCCCGCUACCCCCGCUACCUGUACGGACUUCCCGACGACAUCAGCCAUGGCUAUGGCUGGUCCAUGUUCUGUGCGUGGGGGGGCCUGGGCCUCACUCUGAUCUCUGGCUUCUUCUGCACUCUGGCCCCUUCUGUCCAACCUGUCCCCAGGACCAACUGCCCCAAAUCUAGACCUGAGAACGGGACAGUGUGCUAAAUCAAAUAGCAGACAAGUACACACACACAAAGACAUGUAUAUAUAUAUAUAUAUAUAUAUGCCUAGGUAUGCCUAUACGUGCAUAUAUAUGUAUAUAUAAUUAUAUAUAUCUAAAAUAUCAAAUUAAUGCCAGUGCCAAGGUAGAGCUGAGUCCAACAUGGCACUCACAUCUCCACUGGACUCUGUGUUGCUUCAUUCUUCCUCACAGUGAUGGGAAAGCUUUUCUCUCACAUGGCUUUUCCAUCCAACUCUUAACUUCAGCAUCAUACCUUAGAGGUCAAAUGAACCUACAGUUGCACCUACCUACUGCCAUUUGGGAGGGGGAACAGGGGAUCCAUGUGGGGAAUCUGGAACCAGAAUCUGUACAGGACAUGGUGGGGGCAGAGGCGUGGGGGGGAUGACACUAAAAACAUGUCCGUUGCAGCCAGAAGGGAAAAUAUAAACAGCAAGCAAAUGAAGCAUUUGAGCCACUUCAACAACACACGUCCUCAAGGCCAUUAUCAGAAAUCCACCCAUGUUCUUUUUCUUUCUUAAAACAAAAUGACAGAAGUUGUGUCAUUGGUUUUGGGGUUUUGUUGGGUUUUUUUCUCCUGAAAAUGCAGAAAACAAAAUGGACAGAAUGUGUGAGGAAAAGUAGAAAAGCAUUUUCUCUUUGCCUGCCAAACUUUAGAGAGAAGCAAACAAGUGAAAAUAAUAAUAACUAAUAAUAAUAAAAAAAAUCUAAGAAAAUAAAACCAGAAAACAAUAAAAAUCUCCAAGAGGACAUCUCAGCGGACUUUCCAACAAUGUGGUUUUAAUCUUCCAGCUGCCUUACAUCCAGGCUUACAAAUGAGGCUGAACUGCUAAUGUAAAUGCAGCAGGAGGCCUUUUGAAAAUGCUGUGAUACAUGUGUGUACAAUUUUUUCUUCCCUCUGACUUUUUUUUUUUUUAACAAAAAAAAUAAUUUAAAACAUUGCAAUGUGAUUGUCCACCAAACCAUCCAUGCUGUGUUUGUGGCCCAAGACUGAGGCACCGCAACGGCAGAAGCGUGAGGAAAGCCGUCAGGUCUGAGACAGCGUGUCUUCUCUGGUGGAUUUCAGCAGGUUUUUUUUUUUUUCAUGGAGCUUCUGAGAGUUCAGGAUGGUGGAUCCAGGGGAAGACUGACGAAGGAGAAGGGAGGUGGGGGAAGGCCUGGUAGCUUUUUUUGCCAGAGAUUUGAUGGAACGGGAUUUCAUAAAGUUUCUGGUUUGGAUGUUUGAGACAACUGAGCAAAAACUGUGGAGGAGGAAAAGGGAGCUAAUUUCUGUAGAAGAGAAGUAAGAGAUGCCUCUCAUUGUGUUCAUGUAUGCCAAAUAAGACCUUCCCACAUCUUGUCUUUGGAAACUGCCCCAAUUCAAUGGACAUCUCCUCUCUCCAUCUGGGAGAACUGUGUACAGAUGGAUGUGAAAGGGUCAGAUGCAGAGAACAGAGAUCCAUUUCCCAUGAGCUUAAGCAUUGUAUGAUAUAACUGUGAAUCUGCAAAUGGAACUCUCUCUUUUUUUGGUCUUUCUCUUUUUCCUGCUACUCCUCUUCCUAUUGUCUCCUUUUUCCUUCCCUCUGCUCUUCCCGUUGUUCAGGUCAUAGGUCCCAGAAGAGCUAAACAAACAGCUAAGUCUGGAGAGGUGGGUGAAGGCCAUUACAGGAAGAAAAGCAUUUUGGCUGUGAGGACAGUGGGUCUUUGCAAGGUACCAGUGGCUGAGGGGGAGGUAGGGAAGAAGGGCCAAGGGUGUAGCCAAAGGGACCCUGAAGAACGAUGACUGAAUUGCCAUGUGCAAAAGUGAGAGCACCACUGACAAUAUAUGCAGGCAAAGGGAGACAGGGCAAAGAAAAAAGGUCUCCCCAAAACUAAUCCAACCCAACAUGCUCUUAAUUCAGGGAUAGUACCAGCAAUCCUUUCUUACCUGAUAGCUGCAUGAUAUCAGUCCUCAUUAGUCAAUAAAAAGUAAUCCUCUCCAUCUAAAAUAUCUCACCAGGAGAAGGAGCCUGUGCCUGCUGCACAGAAAUGCAGGCAUUAAUUUCCAGGUCAUGCCAUUUACACAACUGGCAAGAAACAGUAUUGCUUGGUUUAAAAAUAUCCAGCUAACAAAUGAUUCUUACACAUGUAGUUGCAUUACAGUGCUCAAAGAAAUGAAGUUUCUGGAGGGCAUGUUGGAAUAGAGUAGAUUUGGGUUUCUUCCAUUCUUGCUCAGCUACCUAGCUUUUGUUUUCUGUUGUCUACAGAUCCCCCAAACAUGCCAAUGCCAGCUGCUAGGUCAGUGUGUUUCCACUAAGGGCCAUCCCUGUCAACUGAAGUUUCACAAUUUCAUUUUACAUUAGAUGUGACCAGAGAAAUGACUUAUUUAUUCGAGUUGAAAAUACAAGCCUUUUGAAGAAACUUCAUUCUUAAGCAAAUUGUUUUGUUUUUUGGUUUUUUUUCUGGAAAGGUUUUCAAAUAGAGUGGUUUUGAAAAGUUUUGAAAUCAUUUGACUGUGCAAGUGCCUACUUGGUAAGGAGGUUGAUGAAUUACCAUUGAACAGAAGGAAAUUUAAAACAAAAAUAGCCUUGGAGAGCUAAAUGAAGGCUGAAUGCAGAAAACCAAUAACUGGAAAGAAAAAAAGACCUAUAAAAAUUGUUCAUUUCUUCAAAGCAUGAAAUUUUUUGGAAAAAAACCCAACUUAUUGGUAAGAAAUUAUACAGCUGCUUAAUUAAAACAGCUUUGAAUGCAAACUUUCUUCCUCCUCUGCGGUGCUGAAUGUGAUGGCAAAGGUAUUUCAUGUAAAUACAGAUAUCUGGAGUGACACAGGUAAGCCAGAGUCACAAAGGUACCUAUCUGGAGUCUACCAUCAGGCCCUAUGGCAGGCAGAGCAGUACAGCAGCUCCUGUGAUGAUGAUGGUCCUUGAGUGUUCACAGGGUGAAUUCUACUGAUGCAGUUUUGAAAGAGGUAUAGAGUAAGAUUUAAAGAAAUGGAAGUAAUUUUGCUGUUUGAUGGAUUUUCAAAGAUUUCCUUUUCCUCUGUAGCUGGCCUAAAACCAGUUUUGCCUUUAUGAAGUAUUCUCUGAUGGUGUUGGUUUACAAGCUGUAUAUAAGCCUCUGUGUCUAUCUGUGUGUGGCAGUGGUGGAAGAGGGUUAUGGUUAUUUUAUUAACGACAGAAAAAUGUUGACCCUGAAUCUUUUGGCCAGUUCUGUGAUUUUCCACUUGCUCUAGCGUAGUGUCUGUAAGGCCUGUGUGGCUAUGAAGCAUCUUAAAAUCUAUGGGAAUGUCUGAGCAGCAGGUGAUCAGGUCACCUUAAUCUCCAGCUGGACCCCCAGAAGAACCAUUUUUCCAAACACCAGUUCUCUCAUCACUGCUUUAAGUAAGGGCAGAACCCUUUUGGGGGAUUGUGAAUUUCCCAUCUGUACUUCUCGAAGAACUGGCAGGAGUCCUGUGUGCUUCCAUACCCCUGGAUGGGGAUCACAGCCCCACCACACCUUCUGAGUGCUCAGACUUAUCUUUAGAGCAGGGUUGAUCCAAAAUACAUCCAGAUGUAAAUUUGUGAUGGUUAAUGUCUCCAUCUCUCCUGAGCUGAAGCACACUCACAGCUAUUCUGAGGUUAUGCAUUUUGGGAGAGGCUUUGAAGUAUCUUUCUGGACAGAGACUGAAACUUUUUUACUAGUGUGUGGUUUCUUAGUUGGAGGAGCAGCUAAUUAGAAAUCUGUUAUCAGUGAUCCCAGCAAUAAGGGGCUUGACCCUGUCCCUCAGAUCUGCUCUGGCCAAGUGCCUAAGCAUGUGCUUUACUUGGAGCAUGUGACUAAUCCCCUUAAAUUUGGCUGACUAUUCAUAGGCUUAAAGUCCAGAAUGUGCUUUCUUGGAUGACAUUCAGCUUCCUUGAAACUCCAGCCCAUGUUCUUCUUUUCCCAUCCUUCCCCUGUAGAUAAGGUGACACUCUGUCCUAGCCUGAGCAACCAGUAUGUUCUUGGUCUCCCUUUGUGUGAGGUGGACAUGCAGGAUCCCUAUUUGGCAGGCUCUUUGCCACACCUAGCCUUUCAUGUUGCACUUCUGGGACAACACAUCUCUAUGUUCCAGAGACCACUGCACUGUAGUGCAGUGAUCUGAUACCCUGAAAUGCCCAUCCUAAGGAUGCAGGAUGAAUUGGCUCAACACACAGUGAUCUGCAGGCUGAGGUUUUGUGUGUAGUGACUCAGUUGUGUUGCCCUGUGACCGUAACGAGUCAGCUGCAGGGGUUCUGCUGUCUGUCCCUGCUGGGACAUGGUACAUCUGAAGGGGCUAUGUGGCAGGAGCACAUGUGCCCUGUAUCCUGUGUCCUAUAGGAUAGGUGUCCUAUAGGAACCCCCUUCUUCAAACUAAAGCUGUUUGUGUGUUAAAUUUCCUAACCCAUAUUAGCCGCCUGUAUAUAUCAUCAAUCCCUUCUUCCUCUCUGCAAACACACAGCUGAUCUUUCCUCAUCUAAACAGUGCAGUCCCUCCAGUUCUUUUCCUAGUUGGGCUUUUUUCUUCAACCCCAGGGACAGUCACAAGUGGAUCACAAAACCACCAGUGACCAGAGCAAUUUCUUUGAAAUACUGCUUUUGAAAAAUUGUCAUUACUUUCUAAAAUGUUAUUCCAGCUGCAAUAACAAAUAAAAGGGGGGAAAAAAGCAUCCUCAGAGUCCUCUAAACAGAGUAUACUCAUCCUCCUAGGAGUGAAUUGUGAGAGUGCAGGUAUUCUGUUUUCCUGUGGAUGCAAGUCAUUUGGGACCAUUUUUAGCUAUGGCAUGUUAGCACAUGUGCAGUUCAAUGGAUGGUAAAUAAAGCAAAGUUGGUGAAGGAGGGGAUUGAUGUGCAAGGGCUAUUUCAGAUUCCCAAGCAUUCCUGGAAGACUGUGUCUCCAUGGCUGUCCAUUUACCCACCGUGCAGCGCCUCUGAAUCAGGCUCAUCCCUGGAGCCCCACUGAUAAGCAGAGCUCGGAAGAAAAUCACUGUAAUCUGUCCUUAAUUCUUGAGUGCCACGCUAACUGCCAGCAGCGAAAUGGAGGGAAAAUAAUAUGUUACCAAGUAUAGCUUAAAUAAAGACAUGCAUUAUUCGGGCUCUUUCUUCUCUGUGUCUCUACAUAGGCCUAGAAGGGCUACAGGAGUGCUCAGGCACAUUCACACGAACCACCACUGCAUUUUCUUGCCCCCAGGUUUCCCACUCCUUCAUGGUCCAAACCGCUGUGCUCAUCCAGCCAGCAAGGGAAGACUCAAGGUGAAAAACUGAGACAGCUCUGAAUGAUUGCCAGGUACCAACAACAAAGAGUAAAAAGUGGGCAUGAAACACAAACAGCAUGUAAAGAUUAGUGACAGAUGAAUUUCCAAGGUCAGGAAACAAAGUUCAAAAAAGCCUAAAGUCUGAUUGCUAAUUCCAGGCCAGAUCCAUAAAAUCUUGAUCCUGCCAGUCUAAGGUGAAAACUCAAAAACCAGGGCUUAGCUCAAAACCUAUAGUCCACUGUUUCCAAUCAUAGCCAGGAAUACAAUGCAACUAUUCCAUAGUAUGUUGAGGUUCAUAGAAAGCUCAGAUGCCUUAGAAAAUAUUUUAGUGUUGUCUUGGUUAACACCAAACAUGAAAUGUGUGCUUACACACUCACAAUAUCUAUUCUUUGGCUUUAGAAAUAAAGUCACCAGAUGCUACCUCCCCUCCCUCCCUCCCUGCCAUCCUCUCAGUUCAACUUAGGGUUUCCAUCCUGUAUGCCCCACUAAUUCCCCAACCAUACAGCCUUCUUCAGAGCCAUAAUUUUUAAUUGCAACAUUUUGACAACAAGUGCUGCUGGUGCCAGGGGGCUCUGACAAGCUUCAUGUUGACAUCAGUUGGAGAACUGUAGCCUGAUACAGUGCUGUCAAUUUAACUGCAUGAGGCUUUGCACAAGUUUAGGAUUUAACUUGAGAAAGAGUCUGGACAACUGCCUCAAUAUAGGCCACAAGAGAGAAAUUAAAUUCUCGUCACCUCUAGUAAAGCACUCCAGAAUCACAGAUCAAUUGUCCUUCCCUUGCUCAGGGAAGACUUUCAACGAAAAUAUCAGUCUCAGAUAGGUUAUCUCCGGGAGAAAGUGCGAGACUGAAAAAAAGGAGACCCAACUGCAGUUGCUUCAAAAUUGGUAGAAUUCUGUGAGGAUAAUCCAAUGUUACCCUCAGCAUCAGCAGCAGGAAUUGUCAUUCCCUUCUAGGACUGCACUUUUAUAUUCUUCCAUCACUGAUUAACACCCCUGCACAGUGGCAAAAAGUGACUUUCAAAGUUUUCUUGCAUAGAGUGUGUACACAUGGGCACCCUCACUCCCUUCUUUCCUUAAACACACACAUGUGCACAUCCCACAUGAUGUGGAUGCCAGAAACCUAUAAAAGUGUCCUAUAUAGAGAUAAAAUACAUAGGAAAAUGCAGCAUAAUUGUUCUCUGUUCUUUUAUACUUAACUCAGGAGCUGCAAUGCAAUUCAGAUGCCAUCUGUGUCCCUGUUAGGUUGUGCGUGCAGAUCACAUGCAAAAUCUCUCCUGGAGAUGCAUAAGGAAGCAAAAUACAACGGGGAUAAAUUUGGUAUUUUCCAUCAAAAAGUAUCUGGAUUUAAGGAAGAGAUGCCAAUGUAUCCCCUCCAAAUCAGAAAUGUUUAUGAUCUCCUAGAGGCAGUGGCACGGCAGGACACUCCUGAGCCUGCAGAGGGCUUGUGCAGACUGUUGGCAGCAUGAAGGCUGUGGUUAAAGCUGCUGGGCACAGCAGGGAGCUUCACAUCCCGUGGGUCUGAGGCCUACCUGUGGCAGCAGGACACAGGAGUAUCUCUGUAAAGGCAGUUCCUUCAAGUGGCCUCGUUACUUGCCGGCGGGUCAGAAAUACUCAAGCAGUAACAGCGAUUCUGCAGUAGGUGAGAUAAAGAGUAAAGCCUGCAAAAUCUUGUGGGUUUUGCCCCAGUUUCAAAAUGAUGUAGACUCCAAGGAUUGUGAAUCAGUCAUGGCUUAGUCCCCUGAGGCCAGAUACACAAAACAGCUUCAGCAUCCAACUCCUCUUCAGACAGUGAAUAAAGCACUAAAUGCUUUUGGUGCCUAAUAUUUUUUUAAAAAACUUAUACGGUCCUAAUUUGCUUAAGCUCUCAUGAUGUUUUAUCUCAAGAAGAGUUUUCUUCUGGCUGUAAAGCAUAAAGCUGUAUUUUUUUUUUUACAAAGAGUUAUUCAUUAACAAUAUAGAUCAUAAGAAAAAGGUUUGAGUAAUCAGAACAACAAAAGUGCAGCCUUAGAAUAUUCAGUUAGAGUGUACUGAAUUAUUUAUAACUCCUGGGCACCAACAGCAAUCACAGAUAUCUAAUUUAAACUGUUACUAUUUUUACUUGGCAAUUUCCAUCACUUAAAGUGUUUAUAUCUAUGUAUUUGCAGUUUGAUCUUUUGCAGAAUAAAAUUUCCCCUACUUACACAGAAAAGCAUAUUUGGGAACUUUGAAGGUAUUUUUCUGCAGUACCUUUAAUUAUUUUAAAGCAUUUUGAGGCUUAGUAUGAUAGACUUUACAACUUUCAAAACUCUAAACUGUAUCUAAAAUAGACUUGAACUUUAAGUUCUUUCUCAAGUUAAAUUCUCUUUGAUUACAGGUCAUUGGGAUCAAGGAGAAAUUUGUUUCAUUAAUAGAUGUAAGACUGGGUCCUAUUUAUGUGUGUAUGUGAUGAAGGGAUUUAGGUAAGGGGGCUGCACUUCAAUGUCAGCCUACUUAAGGAUCUUCUGCAUAGAUGUAGGAAAUGUCACUGCUAAGUCACUCCAAUUUUCUACCAAUCUCUUUUUGUAAAAAACAACCAUUAUACUUGUGUGCGGCUGGAAUAAAGCAUUAUUAAAUCUAGCCCAUAGGCUGACACACAUAUACUUGUAAAUAUGUGUAUAUUUGUGUAUAUAUUUGUAAAUUUAUGAAAAAUGUCUGUAUCUUCAUGAUUGCCUGAAAGAACCUGAGGUUGAUGUACAGAAUUUCAGGCAAAGGACUGUUUCUUUUUCACAAUCCUCACGUAUAUCAGAUUUAAACCAAAACAAAUUAAAAAGUACUAUUUCCCAGGAAAAUCCUCAUUUUGCCAUUGCACCAGUUGAGGAGGGGUGCCACACUUGAGUCAGCAGCACGCACAGCUACACACGUACAUCCAGUCAAAGGACUGGGUCUCAAGGGCUUUUUAAGGAAAAGGAAUGGACUGAAAAAGCAAUGGUACAAUUUCUGUUCAGCAUUAGCUCUCUCAAUUGAUUCUCUUGUCCUUUAUUAGGAGGCCCUGUGGACAGAUGCUGUUCUUCUCCUUAGGUGUAUGUUUGGGAGGAGCACCCUUGUGUGUGACACUGAGCCACUGAAAGGCCAGGAUUUUCUGACCUGACUUUGUCCCCAUCAACCUUAGACACUUCACUGAGUUUGUGGUGUUAAUGGGCUCGUCUCCCUUGGCUUCUUGUACAGGUAGUAAAGAGAGACAGUUGCUUACAGGUGGUGACCAAGCAAAACUGACAUCUAAGCUUUAGGAGCUCCUUCUUGCUUCAUGCAAUGACCACUCACCUAUCUUGAGUGAUCCCAAGAUCUUAAAAGAUCUUAAAUCCUGGUGAAGUGAAUCAGGUACCUAGUGCAGGGGAGCAUCCAUAUGGAGAUCAGCUGUGUCUGUGUGCUUCGGGUGCAUGGCCUGGGCUCGUCUGUAAAACACAGGUUUUAAUUGUGAAAGCCUGUUGGAACAAAAGGAGAUGUUCACAACGGCCUUCCCCUCCCAAACCGCAACAUGACUGCAAAGGACAGGGCUUGUCCGAACCCCUGGAAAUAGCAUUUGUGGUGAGUGCCUUGUUGUGGCCUCCAGGCACAGAUGGUGGUCCCUGUGCUGGAGGUCAGAGGUCUUUGGUUUGAACUCUUCGCCUUUCUCUGCCAGUCCUGGGCAUUGCUGAAGCAGCUCAAAGAGGGUAUUUACAUCUUAAAUGUUUGAACAGCUGAGCUGUUCAAAGGUUACUUUUCUUGCUUUAUUCCCAAACUGCCCUGAAAAAGUCAUCUAGCUGGUAGUGAUAAUCAAAAACUUCUCCUCCAAGAUAGAGUCUGGGAAGUUUCGUAUUCUUUUUUUUCAAUGUUAAUAACUGCUUUACAAACAGCUUACAUGGAGAUUAAAGAGAUUGCAAUUUCAUCCCUUGUUGUUGGGAUUAUAGUUGUCCUCAUAAAAACCAAACUGAGGACUCAACAAGAGGAUGAACUGUGGCUGCAUAAUUCAGAAAGGUGCUCUGACAAGGCUGAACAUAUGUCUCCAUCUCAUGGUGAGAGUCUCUCAGAGGAAAAUUUUGGAAUUGCAUAUUGAUAGCGAGUCUGUCUAGAAGGACCAGCAAUUUAAUCCAGAAUUAGAACUUUGGAACUCUUGUAUAGCCCCAUGUAUUACCUGAAUAAAACAAACACUGUCAGAGGAGUGGGAAAAUUGAACUGAUUUCUGAAAACUCUAAUGCUAAGUGAACUUUGGACCUUGUGCCAAUGUAUGGUCACUACUAUUUGUUUCUACAGCUAAAUUUAAGUCAGUGACUUGACAAUCUUCACCCAUGUCUAACAACUUUAUUUUUAAAAAUACUGUUAAGGUUUUGACAAGAGGGAUUUCAGGGAACUGUAAAAUGAAGUUUCAAUACUGUGUACUAGUACUUACUUAGAAAGUGGAAGAUAAAGCUGAGUUCCAGGGAUGAAAUGUUGUUUUUCAGCAUGGUACUACCUUGCCCAAGCUGUAGUGUAUCAUCCUAACAUUCUUCUCCUGUUUUCCAUUACCCUUUUUUGAGGAGUUAGAUAUAUAUCUCUGUUUCCCUCCCUUCCUUUUCCUCCCUGUGUGUGAGAAUACAGACAUGCUUCCUGUAGAGACAUUUUUCUCUAAAUUUCAUUCCAUACCAGCUCUUGCGUAUGUGACUGUUUUGUUAUUUAAGAUGUCUGUGAAAAAGAAAUAAAGGCUUUAAGAGUGAACUCUGGAAAUGAGGAGGAGCUUGAAAAUAUAUAAAAUUUAAGAAUGCAGCACCAUUUUCUGCAAGAUUUUUCAGAAUGUUCCUAAAUUCUCAUCAUCACUCUCCUGCCCUCCCUCUCUGUGAGAGGGAUGAGAAAGGUACUGAGACGUGGGACUCUCAAAGGUUGCUUUUAAAACUGUUGACUCACUGUUCCCAUAAGGAUUUUGCAGGUUUUUCAGAGUUUUAGUGUCAAAGAAACUUUUAAAAGGUGAUAAAGUCAAAGCGCAAUAUCACGUGGGAGGAGGUUCUAAGGGGUGACUCCAUACCAGUUUAUCUUUGUUUCCCAUUCUUUACCACCGUCCUGCUUGCCCAGCCAUGCACAUUCUGCUCCCUGCUGGGUUCACUUUGCCAAGGUGUGGCUUGCCAAGAGGGGCCUGCCUGACCUCUCAGCCCCAUGAAGCAUUUGGAUAACUUUCCACUUUCUCUCAAAAGAACCUGUCUCACCUCCUAAUGAAAGCCAUAACCACUCCUGUGACCGUGCCACAGGGAGUGAAUGCCCAGGCUCCAUGGGACAGAGCAAUGCCUGGCACCAGGGUGAUCCUGGGGAUAAGGAAGGGGAAUGGCUGGAGCUCUCAGGCCAUCAGGGCUCCAGUGUCACCUUCUCCUGCAAGCACUCCCGCUGCUCAUGAACCUCUUGGCCAGUUCAGCACGUGGGUCUCACUCUUACUCUCCCAUUUGUGCCCAUGGGAAUUGUGCAAAACACUCCUGAGGGCAUGAGCGUUGGGUACAAGGGGCAGGGAGAAACCAGACACAGUGGGCUCCCCACCAUCCACUGCAGGUGCAUCUCAUGAAGGUAUUUGCUCUUCAGGAUUUCUUCUGCCCCAAGUAAUAUUCAGCCUAACCACACUCUACCGCACUGGCCAAAAGUUUUUUGAGGGUUUCCCCUUCUUGACUUUCUCACUGGUCCUUUUUUCCUUAUGACAUUUUUUCUUGCUCAGAAGAAAUGAAGCAAUUCCCAUAAUCAUCUUUUGAUGAUGAUAAAAGUUGCAGUCAACACUGUUUCUAAUUGACAGUUUUGGAGGCUUAAGAUAAUAAUUCACUUAAAUGCCUGCAAAUUGAAGCAUGUCAGCACUUUCCUAGGACAUUCCCAAGUAAAAUAAUAUGACUGGUACAAGACAUUUGUCAUGUGGGUACAUCUUGGCCAGCUGUUUAUGUUUCCACUAAGUGCAGUGCACACACAUCAAAGCUGGAUUAAGAAAGACCUAGAAUGCCACAAUACUCAGGCAUAUUUAGAGAAAUGCAGCAAUACAUCACAUUUAUUGGGCAUAUUUUCUCCAUAGAAAAUUUAACAAGUAUGAGUCCUAUCAGACCUGUCUGAGGCAGGUAGGUAUUAUAGCCAUUUUGGAGAUGGGAAGCCAAAAGCCUGGGAAAAGACCUUCUAUUUAGUGGUUUGAUGCCCCCUCACAAGUUCUAUCAGCUGCAGGUGGAGCCUUCUCUUUUCAGCACUUUUGAAAAUCGAGACUGUAGCUGGGUUUACUCAAGUCUGCGGUGGCUGUAAAUGUGAAAGCCAAGAUUAGGACACUCAGGAUCCUGAUUUCUUCAAAGCACUGCUACAGAGCUUUGAUCCCACAAAGCAUUUGCCUAAUUUCAAGCAUAAAUGUCCCAUGAAGAAUGCUACUGCUAUGCUUAGAGCUAGGCACAUGCCUAAGUGCUUUGCUAGACUGGGAAUUAUAUUGAAAUGUAUAAAACUUCAACAUGUUUUGAAAAGUCUAAAACCAUGUCUAUUGCAGACUAUGGUUUGGGCAUUGUAAAGGAUAUUUGGACUGUGUAUGCAGCUGCUCAACCAAGUGGAGUACUUUUUUAGCCAAUACACACAGAGUUCUAUGAGUUUUGGGUAGUAACAUCCAGUUGUCAGAAGUAAUAGAGAGUGACAUGUCCUGUGAGGCUGGGACCUCUGUGCUGCUGUAAGAGGCGAAGUGGCUCCUGUGGCCAUUGGUGCUAACAAUACAUCAACAACCACUGACUAUUUUGUUAGGUUCUUCUGGUGAGAUGCGAGUGUGGUGGCUAAUUUCACAAGUAAUGUGACAUCAAGUGUAUUGUACUUUUCCAUUUCUUCCUGUAAUCUGUUGCAGCAGAGGUGAACGGAAUUUGUUUAAACAAAACAUCCCAAAUUUCUUGUUCUGUUAAUCCAAGGUGCUAAUCUGCAGACACACAGGUGUUUGUGUAUGUGCAUCAGUGUUUGCAGGACUGUGGCCCUGAAGGAACAUUUCAGUGGCAGGGUUGAGAUCAGGGAACUAAUAGGGAGAACAAACAUACCCCUAUAGCUUUGAAAGACAGGAGUUGCAGAAAGCGUCGCAGGACUUUGCCGAAAAACUCAUUAUAUCUUACAAUUUCCCUUUUGUUUUGAUUUGUUUUGGUUUUGGUUUUAUUCAGAUUGGCGCAGAAUACUGUAUUUCCAUCGAUUAAAAUCUUGUCUGGUAACUAACUAAACAACUUGUUCAUGGAAAAUUAAAAAAAUAAAUAAGUAAACUGUCAGUUGUGGAAUGUAAACUGAUUAAACAAAUAAAAAAAUCAUGUUGUGUGUUUUAAGAA